AUGAAAUUUCAGGCGUUGCAUAGAGGAAUUCGAGAUGUCGAAUUGAAAAAGUCCUUAAUUAUAGAUGAACCAGGAGACAUGUAUGAGUUGUUCUCCAGAUGCGAAAAGCAUAUUAACUUAGCUGAAGUUCUUGCGUCCGAGAAAGAAGAUAAAAUCGAGAAGAGAGCCCUGGAAAAGAAGGAGGAGGCCCCCCAAGAAGCCGACGCAAAGCGCAGUAGAGAUGACAAAGAUGCUAGAAGAAAGCCAGGCAAAGGGAAAGCUUGGGUCCCUAAGGCUACUAAUCGGGAAUCCAAAUCGCUUUAUACGGCUCUGACUCAUACCCGAGCGCACAUAUUGAAUGAAAUCAAAGACCAGGUGACCCUACGGUGGCCAGCCAAGAUGGUCAAGCCAUCGCAUGAGUGUAACAAGAACACGUACUAUCGCUUUCAUCAAGACCACGGUCACGAUACCGAAGAGUGUAGACAGCUGAAAGAUGAGAUUGAGGCUCUCAUCCAAAGAGGGUGCCUAGGUCGAUUCGUCAAGAAAGAAGGAAACGAGCGCAGGCCGGAUUAUCGUACUCGGGAGCCAGAAGAAAAACAAAGGUCACCCCUACGAGCUGAUAAAAGAGAACUCCCCCAAGGUAAGCCCCAUGCCGAGAAUGUGCCCUUAAGGGAGAUAACUACCAUAUUUGGCGGGCCUGGAAUGGGAGGAGAAACCUCGAAUUCCCGAAAGCAGCAUGCUCGGAGUGUAUUGCAAGCCGAAGCCACGGUCAAAAGGAGAAGAACGGGUUAUCCCAUAACCUUUUCUGAUGAAGAUAUGGCGGAUAUUCAGACCCCCCAUGACGACGCCUUAGUGAUCAAGAUGGUUAUAGCCAACUACAUGGUGGGAAGGAUCCUGGUGGACAAUGGGAGCUCAGCUGAUAUCCUGUACUAUGAUGCCUUUGAAAAGAUGCUCCUAAAACCCGAGAUGCUAAAAAGAGUGGAGUCUCCCCUAUAUGGUUUCAAUGGGGCCCUGGUACAGACAGAAGGAUCGAUGGAGCUACUGGUUAUUGUGGGGACAGAGCCCAAACUCUUUACGGUGACGAUCAAUUUCCUGAUAGUAAAGGUGAAUUCCACACACAAUGGGAUAUUAGGGCGGCCAAGACUCACUGCACUACAGGCAGUGGUUUCUACACCACACCUAAUUCUGAAAUUCCCAACUGAUCAUGGGGUGGGAGAAUGUUGGGGAAGCCAAGUAGCAACCCGACGCUGCUAUGAAGGAUACUUGAGAACCAAAGGAAAAGAACCACAAAUGCAUCUGAUCCACUUGAAUUACAACCGAGAUAUCGGUGAGCAGGAAAGAAGUGAGCCAGCCGAGGAGCUAGUCCCCAUGGAGAUAGUAGAAGGGGAUGCAACGCGGAUCGUCCAGAUAGGCGCAGGCCUGAGUGACGAAAGAAAAAUUGCCCUCAUAAGUUUUUUGAGAACCAAUGCAGACGUGUUCUCCUGGUCUGCUACUGAUAUGCCAGGGAUAGAUAGAAAGAUAGCCGAACAUAGGCUCAGCGUCUAUCCAAAAGCCAAGCCAGUGUUCUAG